AUGCCUGAGGCUGCACUGAGCGUAGGUCGCUUGGCUCGAUUGCACUCACCAUUUUGGUACAUUCUCACCGCGUGUCAGGCAGAAGUGAAGUGUCUGAACCAAUCUGGUUUCCUUUCGGUCGCUAUUUCGGCUCACGAGUCCAUCCAACCGCCCCAACACCACCAGAAGUCAUUCCACCUUCUCUUUUCUACUCUCGCAUUUGCACGAGCCCUCUACUCUACUCCACUCCACCCGAAUCAACUCGACUCAACUCUAUUCCGCUCCACUCUACUUCCCUCCCAUCCACUUUAUUCCUCUCUCCUUCCCUUCCCUUCAUUUCAAUCUACUCCAUUUCAGUUCAGGUCACUUCGCUUAACUUAA